CAUCGAAAGAGACCAACGAGGAGUCGAGAGAGAGAUAGAGAGAGGGAGAGAGCAAUGGCACCUUCGUCGUCGAGCGGUUUGACCUUCAAGCUCCAUCCUCUAGUAAUCGUCAACAUAUCGGAUCACUACACCAGGGUCAAGACUCAGCUAAACCCUCCGCCUUCAGUCUGCGCAACCGAGAACGCCUCCUCCAACAACGGCGAAGCAAUGUUGCAGCCGAACCCUAGGGUUUACGGAUGCGUGAUCGGCGUCCAGAGAGGCCGCACUGUGGAGAUCUUCAACAGCUUCGAGCUUUUGUUCGAUCCUUCGACUGAAACCCUCGAUAGGUCCUUCCUCGAGAAGAAGCAAGAGCUCUACAAGAAAGUGUUCCCUGACUUCUACGUGUUGGGAUGGUACUCUACGGGGAGUGACGCUGAGGAGUCUGAUAUGCUUAUCCACAAAGCCUUGAUGGAUAUCAAUGAGUCUCCCGUUUAUGUGCUUCUUAACCCGGCAAUCAAUCACGCACAGAAGGAUCUCCCAGUUACCAUUUAUGAAAGUGAGUUGCAUGUCAUUGAUGGAAUCCCACAGCUCAUUUUUGCUCAUACAAGCUACACAAUCGAGACAGUUGAAGCUGAACGGAUAUCAGUCGAUCAUGUUGCACAUCUCAAACCGUCUGAUGGAGGCUCAGCAGCAACCCAGUUGGCUGCUCAUCUUACUGGGAUACAUAGUGCCAUCAAAAUGCUUAAUAGCAGAAUCAGAGUGCUCCACCAGUACCUUGCAGCUAUGGAGAAAGGUGAUAUUCCUUGUGAAAACUCACUUCUGAGACAAGUAUCUAGCCUGCUAAGAAGGUUGCCUGCCAUGGAAUCAGAGAGGUUUCAUGAUAACUUUUUGAUGGAGUACAACGACAAAUUGCUAGUAACUUACCUAGCAAUGAUUACAAAUUGUACCAGCACCAUGAACGAGAUGGUGGACAAAUUCAACAUUGCGUAUGACAGAAACGCUCGAAGAGGUGGAAGAACUGCGUUCAUGUAAAAGUGUUUUUUUCCAGCAGAUUCAAGCUGAAAAAUAUCUUCUUCUUUUUUUUGCGUUUGCCUCGGAGCUAAUCUAUAAAUGAGUCUUAGUCUUCCUCGUGAUUGUUUCUAUCUAUGUACGAAGCUUCUCCGUACUGAAAACUCUUGUUUGAUUUUUUCCAAAUUUCCAUUGUUAGUAAAAAGAUUUUUACGGUUGAAGCUUUGUAAACUUUUGUUACACUUGGGUUAUGUGUUGAAUUA